AUGUCUCGCCCGGAUGUCAGGGGCUUAGGGUUUCAACAAGGGUCGGGGUUUGAUCUGGGCCUGGGCUUGUUUUCAAAUCCUGCCCAACAACCAAGCACAACUGAAACACCACAGGCAUCUAGUUCAUCAUCAUCAUUAUCUGAGUCAAGUUUUGUCGAAGGCUCGACUAAAUCACCUUACGGUGGAUCAAACAAUAAGCCUAAUAUUGACACUAAACAAACAUCUGAAUUACCGGUGAUUGGCGAGCUAGAGCACCUUGGUAGUGAUGUAAUUAAGGACGCAGAGUCGGCGUUAGAACAGACCGCAACUGCUGUUACACACCCUAUGCUACCAACCAUAGAAUCAUCAGGGUCGGUUUCAUCUUUCUCGGGCUCAGGUCCCACACAAAGUCCAACUAAAUCCACGCCCGAUAGGCUGUCUACUACUGAAUCCAGUCCUGUCGAUAAUCUCAAGUUUAAUCCUGUAUCUAAUCCGGACGCCCAACAAUCGGUGCUAGGUGAUUUAUGGAAUCUAGGUGGCGGUUUACUUGGGGGAGUGGGACAGUUGGCUAACACUACCGUACAGGGUGUGGGUUCAACUGUCAACACCACUAUAACGGAUAUUACCCAACCUUACAGUUCACCCAAGACAUGGAUCGAGAAGUUAUAUCUUUGGGAGCAACAGUCUGUGCUAGCUCAAAUACCAUUCGCGCAUCAAUUGUGCAUGAAAGUAUUAAACUUUAUUCAAUCCGCUGAUCAAGCGCCAGGACUACCUUCGCUGACAAUGCGGGCACUCGUACCCGACCUCUUGGAUUCAGUGGAAGCCAUUUUGGCCAAGAUACCCGGACUCGAACCCAUACUUAACAGUGUUAUUGACCUUCUGUGUCAGCGCCAGGACUACCUUCGCUGA